CACGUCGAUAUCCGAUGCGGAGACCGCCUGCAGCAUGGUCAUUUCUUUGGCCAUGGUGAUUUGUGUUGCAGCAGUGACGUAACUUUCCCCGCAGUCCUGCUUUGCUGCUGCGAAUCUUUCCUGCUUGCGUGAAGCUGCUGCAGCUUCGAACCUCGCCAGCCUCCACUUACGCCCUGGUAGGAUAAAACAGCUUCGAUCACGAGAACGCUCUGAGUUUCACCCUGCAUUAUAUCCACCGUCCAACUGGGUUUUCUCGCCAACCUGUUUUCUCUCCUUCUUCGCGCUCAAGACUACAUCCAUCCCACUCAAUCAGUCGAUUAUUUUCUUCCCGGCAGAAAAGGGCACGUCGAUUCAAAGACACACUCUCGAUACAGCACUACCAUGGCAGACUGUAUGAACAGUCUCGUCUCCAUGCAGUCAAGAUCUAGCUAACCAAUGUCAGACAACCCAUUCGCGAAACGCGAGGAACACUCUCAACGAAGCCUCCUGGCUUACAAAAUCCUCACGAUCCUCUCCUGGCUUCUCCUUGUAGUGGUUGGAGCCUACUAUACCUUCGCAAGCCCCCAGGACUGCCACCACAACCAUCACUGCCACACAAUAUGGGGACAGAAUAACCAUAGACGGACACCUUUCAGCUUGAACUCGGUGGUGACAAGCAUCUACUGGAUUGUGGUUCUGAUAUUGCAGGCAUACUAUGUUCGUUUCUUGUGGAGCUCGGACAAGGCGUUCGUCACAAGUGCGGCCAAUGUGGGAAGCCACUUCAUCUUCCACAAUCUCUUGACCUUUGGCUUCAUCAUGCUGUGGGUGCGAGGCCACUUCUGGCAGGGCGAGCUCCUCCUGAUCAUCAACCUGUUCAACCUGACACUACUAUACUUUGGCCAUCCUACAACACCUCUCUUCAUCCAUAUGCCUAUUGUCUCAGCGCCUCUAGCUUGGAACUAUGUUGCGAUCCUCUGGGACGGAGCAGCGAUGGUCAAUGCUCAUACUCUUCCAGCGAGAAUCGUGGCGAACAUCUUCAUCUGGGGUAUCCUGGUUCUUGGAGGCUUCUUCCUUCUAACCUUCAAGGACUAUACAAUCGGCCUUGAAUUGGCCGUUCUAUCACUGGCACUUGGACUUGGUCAGAUUGGUACACACGUCAUCGCCGUGCAAUGGAUCUUUGCCUUUGUUAUUGCUGCUUCCCUGCUGGUAUUGUCAUUGCUCAUCGGAGCGCCCAAGGUUUUCGGCCAAGAUAGAAGCAUUCGACAAGAAGGCGCAAUCGUUAGCGAGGACAGAGAACGUGCACCUCUACUGGCAGACAACUGA